AUAGAUUGGUAGAAAACACUUGUCAAUCUUGUGUUGUUACAUGUACUUGUUGAUACGAUUUCUGAGAACUUUGGCGCUCCGAAGUUAUUAAAGUACAAAAUAAAAUGGAAUCUGACAUAGUUGAAGAGGAUAUAGACGGUUCAAUUGUCAGCAUACACGUUCGUAACUUCUUUUGCCAUGACAAUUUGGAAGUUAAUUUCAACAGAAAUGUAAAUUUUAUUGUUGGCCGCAACGGGAGCGGGAAAAGUGCUAUUCUAACUGCGUUAGUAGUCGGCUUAGGGGGCAGAGCCUCUGCUACAAACCGCGGAAGUAACCUACAUUCAUUCAUAAAAAAGGGCGCCAACUCCGCUACAAUAGAGAUUAAAAUCAAGAACAGCAGCCCUAAAUCUUACAAGCAUCAUAUUUAUGGUGACUUCAUAACUAUUGUGAGGACUAUAAAUGCUUCGGGCGGCUCUAGUUAUAAAGUGAAGACUGCUUCGGGUGACGUAGUUUCAACGAAAUUCGAAGAAGUAAACUCAAUAAUCCUUGCACAUGACAUACAAGUUGACAACCCUAUCUCAGUACUUAAUCAGGAUGAUGCUAGAAGCUUCCAUGCUUCUGAUGCCAAGAAGAAGUACUCCCUGUUCCGUAAGGCGACGAACUUGGAUCAGACGGAAAAUAAUUAUAAUGUAGCCAUAGAAAAUUGUCAGAAAGCCACUGCGAUAUGGAACAGGAAAAAUGAUGCAUGUGCAGACCUAGAAAAAGAGUACAAAAAGUGGAAAGCGAGCCACGAGCAAUUGAGAUCUCGUGACGAGAUCAAAGCUCUUAAGACUUCUCUCCAGAACGAGUACUACUGGAGCGAGAUCUCUGAGUUGGAGCUAGAAGCGGGGAAGAUACAAGAAGAGUAUGACAGGCAGAAAGCUAACAUGGACAAGUUGAGGGAGAAGCUCAGUAAAAUGGAACAGAAUUAUGGCAGCAAAACCAGUGCUAUUGACGAAUUACGAAACAUUCUAGACCAGAAAAAUCUAGAAAAAACCGCUUUAGAGCAAGAGAUACGCGCGUUAGAGAGCGAAGUGAAUAGCGUGCAGGCGGCCUGGCGCGGCUCGCAGCACAGCGCCGGCAAGUACAGCGAGUCGCUCAACCGGGAGAAGAGGAAGGUCGCCGACCUGGAGCGAGAGAUACAGUAUAUUGGGUCAGGUGCAGUUGAGUCUAAUCGCGCUCAGCUAGAAGAACGCUCGGCCCGUGCCACAGCCGCAGCGGAGGCGGCUCGCGCGCGGUACGGCACGGCGCAGCACGAGGCGGCGCAGGCGCGGGACGCCGUGGCGCACGCGCAGGCGCAGGCCGACGCGCAUGCGCAGCGGCAACAGCGACACAGGGACACGCUGCGGCAACUGCAGCAACAGCUGCGUGAGUUGGAGUCCCGCGGCAAUGACUCGCUGGCGGUGUACGGCAGCAACAUGGUGGAGCUCUGCCAGCGCGUCACCGCCGCCGCCAACAAGGGACACUUCUCGCAGAAGCCGAGGGGACCUAUCGGGGCUUAUCUGAAAGUGAAGGAGAAGAAGUGGGGCGGAGCCCUAGAACACAUCCUCGGCGGGAAUGUUCAAACGUUCUGCGUGAACAAUGCCGAAGACUCCAGGAAGCUGAACCAGAUUAUAAACCAAGUAUACGGUUCUGGUCCGAAGCCUAGCGUAACAUGCAGCAAGUUUCUCCCCCGCAUGCACGACGUCCGUCGCGGGCGCGUGCGGGCGCCGGGCUUCCUGUCCGCGCUGGACUCGCUGGACGUGCCCGACCCUGUCGUCGCUAACUUCCUCAUCGAUAACGCGGCUAUGGAGAGGGUGCUGCUUGUUCCUGAACAUGAUGACGCGAUCCGUCUAUCGGACAACGAGGAGAACGUACCAGAGAAUCUGCUGAAGAUAGUGACGCUGGACUGCACGGAGUACCAUCCCGCGCCCAACUACCGCAGCUACGGCGGCUCCGGCCGCAAGAGUCGCUUCCUGCAUCUUAGCACUGCUGAGAGGAAGAAGAUAGUGAAGCUGGACUGCACGGAGUACCACCCCGCGCCCAACUACCGCAGCUACGGCGGCUCCGGCCGCAAGAGUCGCUUCCUGCAUCUUAGCACUGCUGAGAGGAAGAAGUCAUGUUGUCAUCUGCUGAACAUAGUGACGCUGGACUGCACGGAGUACCACCCCGCGCCCAACUACCGCAGCUACGGCGGCUCCGGCCGCAAGAGUCGCUUCCUGCACCUUAGCACUGCUGAGAGGAAGAAGCAAGUGAUAGCCGAGAUAUCAGAAGCGGAGUCGACACUUCAAUCUCUGGAAGCGAAGGCAGAACAACUGAACCAAGAAGCGAAGGAAGCGCGGGACAUCGAGCGCGCGGCGUCUAAAGCGCUGCAAGCGCUGCUCACUGAACAGCACCAGAAGGACAAGGCGGCGAGACUGGCCGCUGAAGCGCUGAAUCAGCAGCAGCAGCCGCAACAUGCUGUGCUGUUGGACGAGCUAAACAUAAGCAAAGAGAGGGUGCAGACUCUACAGCGUCAGGUCGAAGAGCUGGCUACCAAGGAGACGCAGUACCGACAGACGUUAGACGAGCAUGACGUUAGAAUGAAGAAGACCAAGCACAAGCUCGCUGAACUUAAUACUAGCUGUAGGAGUAUGAGAGAAGAGAUUGACCAAGAGCAAAUGAAAGUGGACCAAGGCGUGACGGUACGUAAGACUCAAGAACAACGCCUUCGAGAGGACAAUAUCAAGUUGACGCAAGUUCAGGCUAUACUUGAGGACAAACAACGCGUUAUUGUGCAGAAGAUUGAGGCCGCUGAGAAACUCUGUCAGAGGGUCGAAAAUCCUAGGGACAAAGCCAUAGUAACGAACGAGCUAAAGAAGAUCCAGUUGAAGCUAAGCUCGAUCCGCAGCGACGGGCUGACGGAGGCCGAGGUGACGGAGCGGCUGCUGCACGUCGAGCGCAAGUACAGACGCACCAAGCGCUCUCUGGAGAAGCUCAAGGAUCUUAUUCACUCUAUGACGAGCACAGCCGCCAAGCACCUGCAGAUCUGUCACGAAGUGCAGACAACUGUGGCGCGAUACGUGCAGCAAAGCUUCCAGUCUAUACUCUUACUCAGAAACUACUCGGGUCGCAUGGAGAUGGACCACGUGCGCGGCACGCUGGAGGUGCUCUGCACGGCGCGCGAGACCUCGGAAGAGCGCCGAGCCAACACCACCUUGUCGCUGUCCGGCGGCGAGCGCUCAUACUCCACCGUCGCCUUCAUCAUGGCGCUGUGGGACUGCGUCGAGAUACCCUUCUGUUUUAUGGACGAGUUUGAUGUUUUUAUGGAUAACGUGAACAGAAAGGUAGUGUUGACGCUGCUGAUAAACCACGCGAUGAAGAACACUCGGCGCCAGUUCGUGUUCCUCACGCCGCAAGACGCCUCCUCCGUUACUGCCGGACCAAAGAUUAGCAUACAUCUAAUGGCGGACCCAAGGCCGUAGUACGUAAGCAUUUUUAUACGUAUUCAAAAGGAGAUUCUAUUAUCAUGUGAUUGUUAUUAUAUGUUACCAAAUGCAACCUCAGGUACUGUCGCGAUGCUACGUGUUACAUCGCGACUUGUUUUUAUUAAUAAUUGUAUUAUUUUUAACUUUUAAGUGAAAAUAAUGUUGGCACAAAGUGAUUUUAAAAUAAAAACAUUUUCAAAUAAAUAAUCAAAA